AUGCCUCCAGGACAGGCCAUGCGGCCCGUCCUCCCGCGGCCCUUCCGCCCCGGGCUGCUGCCCCCGGGGGUUCUCAGCAAGGCCGCCGGCUGCAACCCACAGGCUGCUGGCGGCAGCCCAGUGGCCGUCCGCAAGGCGAAGAAGCGCGGGGCCGGCCAACGGGCGCGCGGUCCACGCUCGCUCCAGGCGCUCAUCAGUCGCCUGCCGACGUGGGCCAGGCCGCUGGUGGAGGCAGCCGACACUCCCCAGCGGAUGAUCCGACUGAAGGGCGAGGCGAAGGUGGUGGUUUCCCUGAUGCGCCGCAAGCUGGCGGUCGCGCCGGCCGAGCGCGAGGACGGGGCCUUGUCGCCUAUCAGCCCCGCCUCCGAGAUGCCUAUCAGCCCCGCCUCCGAGAUCACCGACUCUGGCGCCCAGCCCUCCGCCCAGCCAGAGGGGGCGAAAAACGGCUCGACCACGGAAGUUGAGUCGUGA